AUGGCGGUGGUUGAGGCCUGGCCUGGCAAGUUUUUACCUCUGCCGCAGAUUGAGGCCAUCAACGAGAAGUUUGUCGAGGCCCGAGAUGAAAUUGAGUAUGCGCAAGAGGAUGCAGAGACUGUGUACUUCAACGAGAGCUGCGAUGCGGCACGCAAGUCGGUCAAAGAGGUCCUCGACGCCUACCAGCAGCUGUGCGGCAGGCUGAGUGAGGAGGAGCGGGGCAAGCUGCAGCGGUCGAUGGGGCUGAAGAUGGAGCAGCUCAAGGCGGAAGUGGAGCAGCUGGAUCAUCUGCAUGCCGACUGA